AUGCUCGUGCGCAUAGCCUCGGGGCUUUCUGCGCGAGAGGAGCCGGUGAACUCGGCCGAGGCCCUGCACAACAUAUGCACUGAGGCUUCCAAGAUCGCCCUGCGGUCGGAGCGGGACACCGGCGCGACCUCGGUGGCCGUGACCUCCCUUCAGAAGCUCACAACGACGUACAUCGCAUCGCUGAGCAAGCCGACCGCGCUUCAGGUUAUUCGAAAUCUUGCGUUGACGACAGCGCGGUGCUUCCGUCCGAGAGCAUGGGAGCCCCCGGCAGCACCGGGGAUGACGGAGGAGGAGCGCAGGAUAGCGCAGGCCGCCGCCGCAUCCAUCCAGACGGCAGCGUCGCGGGUGACGGGUGGCAUCACGGAGGUGGAGCUCGCGGCGCACACGCUCAAAGCGUGCACCGACGCCCUGCAGACGAUGACGCGAGGAGGCAAUCUCACGCAAGACUUGGCGUGCUCGGCGUCUCUAGUGGCCAUCUUGAAAGCCAUCAACAACAUCGCGAGCGAGUCUCGGUCCCUGGCGGCGAACGUGGCCCCGCAGCUCGUGCAAGUGCUCAGUGGGCUUCUGGGGUUCGGCCUCUCGCUGCCCGGGCCACGAGCGAAGCAGGAGGGCGGGGCCGGGGGGGCGGCGAGCGCAGCCGCAGUGUUCGUUCCCCCGCACCGUCGCGAGAAGUCGUCGCCGCGGGUGGGGCGCAACGCGCGGCAGCUGUCCACGGGGGGAGCGGUCGACGGGUCGGCGAGCGAGGCUGACGGGGUGGACGACCCCAUCAACGCCUCGAAAGUGCGCCUGGGCGCUCUCGCCUGCCUGCAGGCGUGCGUGCGCGCGGACUCGUCGUCGGUGCACUCGUCGUGGCAGGCGCUGUUCCCCUCGUACAGCACGCCGCAGGUGUUCCGGGCUGCCGCGCCGCCCGUGCCCCUGCUGCAGCGAUGUCCGUCGCUCCUAGGAUCGCUGCUGCACGACCCCCACCACAAAGUCCGCUCCUCGGCAGCCGCCACGAUCGCGAUGAUCCUCGAGGCCCCGAGCCACAAGAAGUACUUCGCCAUCGCCGACAACAGGUCAUCGGGGCACCGCCAGCGCCAGGGGUUCACGUCCGCGUCGGAGACUCUGGCUCAGGUCCUCCUGGUCCUGCACGCGGCACUGCUGCACGCGAGCGCGGAGGAGAAGGAGCCCGCGGCGCUGGCGGCGUGUCUACGCACGCUUGCAAUCGCGAUCUCCGUGACGCCGUACGAGCGUCUGCGGCCGUCCACCCUCCCGGCGGACGUGCUGGUCGUCGUCGCCCAGGAAGUUGAAGCACUGGCCGCGCUGCCCCCCGAGAACACCGGCACGAUGCUUGCGAGUGCGCUCACUAGCACAGCCGCCGUACUCCAGGCGCAAGACGCGGAUGGCGCGAUCAGAGCCCUGCUCACUUCUGCAGCCAGCGGGCAGGCGGGCGACUCGCGGCUCCCCGCCGCACCUCGGGGCGUGCAGAGUCUGCCCAGGACGGUCAUUGAUCUCUGCUCGUCGAGCUCGCAGGGCUACCACACACGCGUGGAAGGGAUGUGCGCGCUGGCAUCGCUAGCCAAGUGCCAUCCGAUGGUCCUGUUCGACCACUUGAACGACAUCCUCGCGCUCACAGAAGCAGCACUGUCAGGGCCGUCCCCCGUGAGCCCGCGCGGCAUGAAGUCGCCCGCCAAGUCUGGUCAUCAGCGCAAACCCUCCGCAGGGGGCGCGCCUGGGGAUUCCGGCCAGGACCGCUUUGCGCAGCAAACUCUCAGAGUGAUCGAGUACAUCCUCGAAGCGCUGUCCUGCACCGGCGACAUGGAAUCAGACACGACUGCAGGGGAAGUGGCUGAGCGCCUCGCUGCGGUGCACAUUCAGUCGGGCACCGGAGAGAUGCUGGAGAAGGUCAUGAACGUGCACGUGCGGCUGGGGAUGCAGCACCCGUCCGCGAUGGUCCGAAGUGCGGCGCUCGCCUGUGUCUGCGCCCUGGGUGGCACAGGCCUGACCCAGCUGACGCGCCAGACGCAGGCGUUCGUGGUCUCGCACGUCACCAUGGAGGCGCGGAGUGGCACGCCUGCGGCCACGCAAGCAGCCGCGUGCAAGGCGCUCGGCUCCAUCGUGUCCAGCGACGUCCUCUCGUCGUCGUUCGCGCAGCUCGAAAGCAUUUUCGGGACCAUCGUCGGCUGCCUCACUGCGCGUGUGGGCAGCAUCAAGAUCGCGGCGGCGUGGUCCCUGGCGAACGCGUGCGAUUCCGUGCGCGCGGCAGUUCGGCGCGGGGCCCUGCCUCCCGACCAGGGUCGUGCUUUGACGGCAGUCGCGGCGGCGCAUGCAGUUGACACGGCAGCUGGGAACGACAAGGUUCGUGCACACGGGCUGCGCGCCCUGUGGCACAUCCUGAGCCUCGACGCCACGCAGGAGGCGCCCAGCACGCAUGAGGGCAGGGACGACCGCUGGCUGGUCGCGGCCUCGCAAGCGCUUCAGACGGCACUCGCCACUGGGAACGCUAAAGUGCAGUGGAAUGCCUGCCUCGCGGCCGGCAGCCUGCUCGGGCACCCCUGCAGCGCCCAGAAGGGCGAACUGGCUCUCAAGGUUCAGAUGAUAGUCCAGUCCCUUCUUUUGCUGCUUCAGAACUCAAGCAACAUGAAAAUCCGCCUGCAUGCUGCGGCCGCAAUCAGAGAGGCUCGCGGGCGGGAGGUGCUGGGCGACUGCUUCCUGACAGCCGUUCAAGCCCUCAUCAACGUCUCACGGUCGCUCGACCCGGUGCUCGGCGAAGACGAAUCGACCUUGCAGCCGUUCGGCCCCGACUCCCGCGCCCCUGCUCAGCCCACGAUCGCUCAGGACGAGCUCGAGCGCGGCCAGGAGUCGCACCGGUCCCUGGGCACCCUGAGCGCGCAGGUCGCCCGCACCGUCGCUACGCUUCUGGGGUGGUGCGUCGUCGGCGACGCGAGGCCCCUGCGAGACGUGCUUCUGAAGCGCAGCCGCAUGCUGCAAGGUCUCCUUGUGGCGCUCAGGGACACGGACGACGAGGACAACGACAAACAAGUGACGCUGCACCGGAUCUCGGGCGCAGCGACAGCGCUGGUGGCUAUCUAUGCAUCCCUAGAGGAAGCGUGCACGCGCGAGCUCGACAUCGCUGUGUGUGGGGAAGCGAGGCACGCCCUACAGGACCUUGUGCGUCCCGCGGCGAAGUGA